AUGUACCGAAGGUCUUUCCGGCGAUCGCCCGGUUCGGCUUCGGUGAGUAAGAGAAGACCAGGGUUAUCCGGAAAGAUGUUCUUCGUGGCCGGGGCCAAAAAUACAGCGUCGGUCGGAGGAAACGAAAGGAGGUCAAUUUAUCAGAAAUUCCGUGAGGUGGAUUUGCUGGAUAAGAAGAAGACGGUGACUGCUCUCAAGCCCGGUGAAGAUCGAGCGAUCCUCCUGGGGCUCGGAAUGAUCUUCUCCUCUGUCAUGAUGUACUUUGUACUCGGGAUCACGAUAUUACGCUCAUAUGCGGAAAGCGCGUGGACGGAGGAAGGCGUGUGCGUUGUUCUGAACUCCACGGUGACGUCGGACAUGAACUGUUCCUACAACUGCGGCUCCGACUGCUGGAGAGUCUCCAAGUACCCGUGUCUGCAGGUCUACGUCAACGUCAACAACACGGGCCGCGUCUGUCGGUUAUCUCACAACGAAGAGACGCAGGACGCCAGCUCGGAAUGUUUUUACGUGCCCAGGUGCCAGAAGGACAGCGGACAAAUGCACAGCGUGAUCAUGAACAUCUCGGAGCGCCUGAAGGCCCAGCGGCAGGUUCCCUGCUAUUACGAUCCCAGCGAGCAGCGCGAGACGGUUCUCCUGACCCGGCUCUACGACCACGGCGUGGUCUUCCACUCGCUGAUGUGGCCCUCGUGCAUCUUCCUGGGAGGCCUCCUGAUCAUCGUCUUGGUCAAGCUCACGCAGUACCUCUCCAGAUUGUGCGAAGAGAUCGGGAAGCUCAAGAGGUGA